GCGCCCCGGGCGCUGGUUCCGGGCCGGGGGCGCGGCGGCUCGCAGGAGCCGCCCCCGCUGCGCGCAGGCAGGAAUGUUUGGAGGGGCGGCCGCGAGGCAGGGGCUCCGGAGGCUCCGGCCCGGCUCUUGGGCCGACAGCCCCGGCGCUGGCUGUCACUCCGAGCCUAUUUUUAGGCUGGUGUGGCCGGGUUUCGGGAAGCCCGAGCCCGAGGAGCGUCUCCCGGGAGCGGGCCCCGCGCGGUGGGAGGGCGUCGGCCCACUUGUUGCAAGGUGUCCGGGCGGCAAGGCGAAUCUGCCGCAGGACCGGAGUCUCCGAGAUCAGGCCUUUGUGACACUGACCACAAACGAUGCCUACGCCAAAGGAGCCCUGGUCCUGGGCUCAUCUCUGAAGCACCACAGAACCACCAGGAGGCUGGUGGUGCUCACCACCCCGCAGGUCUCAGACUCCAUGAGAAAAGUUUUAGAGACUGUCUUUGAUGAAGUCAUCAUGGUAGACGUCUUGGACAGUGGCGAUUCUGCUCAUCUAACGUUAAUGAAGAGGCCUGAGUUGGGUGUUACAUUAACUAAACUCCACUGCUGGUCCCUUACACAGUAUUCAAAGUGUGUGUUCAUGGAUGCAGAUACUCUGGUCCUAGCAAAUAUUGAUGACCUUUUUGAGAGAGAAGAAUUGUCAGCAGCCCCAGACCCAGGGUGGCCUGAUUGCUUCAAUUCUGGAGUCUUUGUUUAUCAGCCUUCAGUUGAAACCUACAAUCAGCUGUUACACAUUGCUUCCGAGCAAGGUAGUUUCGAUGGCGGGGACCAGGGUUUACUGAACAUGUUUUUUAGCAGCUGGGCAACAACAGAUAUCAGAAAACACCUGCCAUUUAUUUAUAACUUAAGCAGCAUUUCUAUAUACUCCUACCUCCCAGCAUUUAAAGCGAAGAUGUCUCAGGAGCCAUAUCACAGCUGUCCCUUGGGGAGGGCCCACCUCCAGCACAGCCUGUUGUGUCCUCAGAAGAACGGAAGGAGCGGUGGGAACAGGGCCAGGCUGAUUACAUGGGAGCAGAUUCCUUUGACAACAUCAAGAGAAAACUUGACACUUACCUCCAAUAGAAACACUGCCAUUUUCCUGUGGACGCAUCCCUUCACAGGCACUUACUUCUGAUACUUAGUUUUUAGAGCUGGGUUAAGGAAGAUCUGUUACAGUUGCUAGAGGCUUUCACUGAAAUUCAUCAGAUGGGGAGCUUUAUGUAGGAGAGGUGAGGACUGGGCAGAAGCUGUGAAAUAACAAUUCUGUUACAUAGACAGUGUUUUAUAACCCUAGCCUUAUUCAGCUGAUGUUUCAGAUAUUCUCAGUUAUGCCGAUUGCCAAGUUAUGUGGUAAAGGAAACUCAACCAUAAACUAUUAAGAUGGCUGUAUCAGCUCCUCAGAUGUGCUGAGCCUGUUGCUCAGUCUCCCUUCAGAAUGGGGACAUGCUGUCGGCCUCUUGCUUGCUUGUUGUGCCCUUCACAAGUCCUGCAUUUUAGGCUUCCCUGGGGCUGCCAGAGCGACUGUAACCCUGCUUUCAGGUAAAGACAGCCCACAGUGACCCUCUGCUGAGUGGAUGCAUAAGCGUACCCACAGGUGACAUCAACCCACUGUAUUUACUGGUCUUAGCAUCCGGCAGCGUUCACCAGCUUUCUGUGUACAGUGGGGCAACACGUGCAGUUCUGGGUAUCUGAAAACAGUAGUGUGUUCUCUGGUUACCUGCAGUGGCACCUUGUAUGAAAAAUAAAGACUUAUUGCCAUA